AAAUAAAGGUUAAGAGAGUGGUGAAUUGGAAUAUGGUGGCACUAACAGUGCUGGGAGUGUUGGCUGUUGUGUGGGGUGUGUACACCGUCUGGACGUGGUGGCGGGAGAGAGAAAUGCUUCCAAGGCUUGUAGAUAAAACAGUCCUUAUCACGGGAUGUGACUCCGGCUUCGGGAACCUCCUGGCCAGGCGGCUGGACCAGCUCGGCCUGCGGGUGUUCGCGGGCUGUCUGACCGAGGCCGGCGUGGCAGAGUUACGGCAGUCCUGCUCCGAACGGCUGCAGCCGAUCCGGAUGGACGUCAGCAGCUCAGACAGCGUGCAGCAGGCCUUCCUGGUGGUGACGAAUAGUGUGGGGAGCAAAGGACUUUGGGGUUUGGUGAACAAUGCUGGGAUCUUUGGACCAUUAGGAAGCGUUGAGUGGCCUUCCAUAGCCGAUUACCAGGCAGUUUUGAAUGUCAACCUUCUUGGGAUGAUUGACGUCACCAGAACCUUCCUGCCGUUGUUGAAGAAGACACAUGGUCGCGUCGUUAACGUCUCCAGUGUUGGCGGGAGGCUAGCAGCCCCGUCCUCCACUCCAUAUUCUGUAUCCAAAUAUGGCGUGGAAGCCUUUUCCGACGCCCUCAGACGGGGCAUGAGGUGUUUUGGGAUCAGCGUGCACAUCAUUGAACCCGAAAAAUUUAGCACAUCGAUUGUGCAGGAGGAGAACGUUAGGAGGAGUUUGCAGCGCAUGUGGGAGUCCCUGUCGUCGGAUAUGAAGGCGGAGUAUGGGAAGGACUAUGUGGACGAAAUUCUUAAAGGAUACAGCGAUGGCAGUUACAAAGACCCCACCAUCGUUGCCAUGGCAAUGGAGCAUGCGCUGUGUGCUGCCCGCCCCAGAAGUCGGUACGAGGUAGCCUGGGGAGCGCGAUGGGUCGCGAUGCCGCUGACGUGGCUGCCGACUGAUGUGGGAGACUACGUCAUCAGGCUGAUGCUUCCAUGGAUGACACCUGUCCCUGCCGCUUGUAGGGAAGGGAGGUAAAAUAUCUAAGGGUGAAUAGCAAAGUUCAAUGACUGUGUACACCAGAUGAUGAUGAUGAUGACACAAGCAGAACGUUUCAGUGACCGUCUGUCACCUUCCUCGGGGAAAUACUGACUAUUGUUCUACCAUAUGCACUGUGUCGCUGUAACAGUGAAGCGUUUAUACAUUAACACGCCACCUUUAAUCCAGUGGUUGUGCUAUGAACGUUUGAUACCAGUUCCUGUGCGCUGUCACUUAGUUAUAAAGUUGUAGUAACCUACUUACAGGAACUUUAUUAUCUUCUUAGUUUCUGUGUAAGUUCGGUGACGGAUCUGAUAUUGUACACCAGAGUAGUUCUAAGUAAGGUUGCACUCAACUAGUGACUCUAGUCGCAACAACCACGAUGCUUUGCGCGUGGCCUUGGUUCUCUUCGGAAGUGAUCUAUGCCACUUUAGACACGU